GAAUUCUGCGAGCGCCUGGCAUACUAUGGCAUCUCAACCAACAUCAUCACCUACCUCACAGGCGUGCUCAACAUCUCCAACAGCUCUGCCGCCGCCCAAGUGAAUGCCUGGUCAGGCACCUGCUACGUCACCCCUCUGCUGGGCGCCUUCCUGGCCGAUGCCUACCUGGGCCGCUUCUGGACUAUCCUCAUCUUCAGCAUCAUCUACAUGGGUGGCCUGGCGGGCCUGACCGUCUCUGCCGCCGACGACAGCCUGCACCCGGUGGACGGCGCGGAGGCCAGCAGCGGCCAGCUGGCCUUCUUCUGGGCAUUCAUGUACCUGAUCGCGCUGGGCACGGGCGGCAUCAAGCCCUGCGUGUCCACCUUUGGGGCAGACCAGUUUGACGAGCUCAGGCCAUGCGAAGCGCGCCUCAUCCCAAGAUUCUUCAACUGGUUCUACUUUGCUAUCAACUGUGGAGCGAUGCUUUCGGCCACAGUGGUGGUGAAUGUCCAGACCGACGUGGGCUGGUUUGAGGGCUUCCUGAUCCCUACAGUGGCCUUUGCGAUUGCCAUUGUUGUGUUUACUGCGGGUAGCAAGCUGUACAGGCGCAUGCCUCCUGCGGGCUCCCCUUUCACGCGGAUGGCCAAGGUGGUGGCUGGGGCGAUGGCGCACCGCAAGGCCCAGGUGCCCGAGGAUGCCAGCAAGCUGCACGAGGUGGAGGGCCACAUGAGCAUCGUGCCCGGCCAGGUCAAAAUCGACAGGCAAGGCUGCUGCAAGUGGCUGGAGAAGGCGUGCACGCGUGCCAAGGCGCCCGGCGUGGCAGACCGCUGGCUGGUCACUCUGACGGAGGUGGAGGAGCUGAAGGCGGUGGUGCGCCUGCUGCCCGUGAUGCUCACGCUGAUCGUGUACAACGCAGUUUACGCACAGAUGACGACCCUGUUCAUCCUGCAAGGCGAGGGCAUGGACACGCAGCUGGGCAGCCUGAAUGUGGCGCCCGCCACAGUGUCAGUCUUGGACUCCAUCUCCGUGCUGAUCUGGGUGCCGCUGUACGACAUGGUGAUUGCGCCCUUCUUUGCCCGCCGCGGCCGCCCCAUCUCCCUCCUCGUGCGCAUCGGCAUCGGCUACCUCGUCGCCAUGCUGGCGAUGAUCGCCGCGGCCGUGGUUGAGAUCAUCCGCCUGAAUGUUGUCAACAGCAAUGGCCUGCAAGACGACAACCCCACCGUCGCUGGCGCCCCUGUGGUGCCCAUGAGCGUGUGGUGGCAGAUCCCUCAGUACUUCCUGAUUGGCUGCUCCGAGGUGUUUGCCAUGAUUGGAAGCCUGGAGCUGUUCUACAGCCAGGCCCCAGAUGCCAUGCGCUCCACCUGCUCUGCCCUGCAGCUGGUGGCCACCGCAUUGGGCAGCUACCUGGCCUCCCUGCUGGUCAUCAUCGUGCAGGCAAUCAGCAACGACUCCUGGGUUUCCAACACGCCAUGCCUUGUUGCCUCCCUGCUCCCCUGUGUGCUUGCAGAUGGCCACCUGGAUUACUUCUUCUGGAUGAUGAGCGUGCUCAUGCUCCUGACAUUCGUCGUCUACAUCUUCGUGGCGCGCCGCUUCCGCUACAAGAAUGUGAGCGGCGAUGUGGGACGUGUGCCGCCAGCCGGCUGCGCGGCACAGCCCCUGGACGCCAGCGCCACCGCAGCAGCCGGCUCUGAUCCUGCCUCCCAUGCUCUGCCUGCAGGUCACCCACAACACCAUCGACCCCGAGGCGCUGGCGCUUGCUGCCGAUAA